UCACAAAUAUUGCCUCCUGAAGAUGGCACCUCCACAAUGAGGAACAGCCCCAUCUGAUCCAGCUCUCCCUCUUCCAUUCUCCAGGAAUGAAACGAGAGCCUGUGCAGCAGGAAACAAUUCCCUGAAGGAAGCAGUGAUUCUGUGCCAGACUCUGCUGCAGGAAGGGAGGCCAUGCCAGGCACAGUAAAACAAGAUAAGGUUGCUGGCAAGGCUUCUCCAUUAGCUUGGCUAUAUAAAGUUUUGAAGCACACUGGGCCUCCUGCAGUUACAGGUGUGUCUGCAGGGAGGACUUUCCCAGCUCCUUUGCUGAUUAGUGUGCAGAAGCCCCACUUCCAUCGCAGGGGUCCUCUGAGUGACAAACGUACAGGAGAGAAGGAAUCACUGGAGUCAAACAACAUCUGGAAACAAAUUGUGGAGGAACUGCAGAAAGGGCCUGACAUGGACAUACAGGUUCUGUGGAAGGCAGCAUUUCCUGCAGGCAGCGGUCACUCGUCGGCAGCCUCUGCUGCAGGAAGGAAUGGGAUGGCACACAUGAGUACGGGCCCAGACACAGGAGAUUUGGUUGCUGGGAAGGCUCGUUCCUUAGCCUUGAGAUAUGAAGAUUUGAAGCCCUCUGGGCCACCUGCAGUUACAGGUGUGUCUGCAGAGAGGAUUUCUCCAGCUCCUGGGCUGGAUGCUGCACACAAGCCUGACUCCCAUCCCAGCGAAAAGACCAAACACACCUCAGAGAAGAAAUCCCAGGAGCGAUUUGAAGUCAUGUGGAAAAUGCUGAAGGAAUGCUACAGGGAGGACAAGGUGGGUCCAUGUCCCUCAGCUUUCUCCUGACACUCAGCAGCCGGGGGCUUUC